CUUCCUCUUGACAAUACCCCAAACAUUUUCAACAGGUUUCAAGUCAGGAGAGUUUGCUGGACAAUCAAGUACUGUUAUUUCUUGACCAUUGGUACAUGUAUUGAUAGUGUUGGCUUUGGGCAGGUGUCAAAUCCUUCUGGAAAAUAAAACUGUCUCCAAAAAGCUUGCCAGCAGACGUAAACAUUAAGUGCUCUAAAAUUUCUUGGUAGACAGCUGCGUUGACUGUGGAUUUGUUCAGUCAAUCGACCCACACCAGCAAAUGACAUGAUCCUCACCAUGUGCAGGAGUUUGAAUGAAUGCUUGGUUUAUUUGUACAAAGAAAAGUACAUUAAUUGAGAAAUAAUAAUUAACCAUACCAAAAUUUGGACCCGGCAUAUUGAACAAAUGCUAUUAUAAUAAAGGACUUUGUAAAAGCUCAACAGAGUGGUUAGUUUUCAUUUUUUAACACGCCACGUUGACACAUUUUGUUACGUUUGGCUGAGUUCCUGACAAAAAAAGUCCGUUUUAGUUGAUUCUUUAUUGCAAAGUAUUUUUGUUACGAUCCUUAUAUUGACCUUACUAGGUCAUCGCGUCACAAGGCAUUUCUGCUGCAGCCGUCAUUUUGGUAAGAUUUUUCGGCCACAAGAGGACCUCAUAGCAUAGACCAUCAGCGCUCUGAUGGUAACGGAGUCUUUUUUUUUGUUUUGUUUGUUUGUUGUUUUUAGAGUGACUUCAUUUGAUGGGACGCUGCUGUUUAAUUUGUCCAAGUGGGGUUGCCGUAUAGCUUCCUUUACAGUUUUACUUCCGUGUAUCACCCAAAUCCGCUUCACGAAAUAAUUUUCCCGAAUUUGUACUCAACGUACUUAAGCCUCGACACAUGACGUCCCAUCAGUACUGCAGCCUUUAUUAAAUAUUCGUGUCCGGAUAAACACGCGUUGGUGUACGUUAAAGCGAAUUCUCCAGUUACCUUAGCUUAGCCUGCUAGUCACUCACAAAAAGACGCGUUUGUUCGUGACACGUUGAGAUGCAGAAAUCAAGUGUGAAUAUCAAUUGAUUGUGAUGGUCGUCUGAAAAUGUGUGCAAAAAGUGUGAAAGAGGAAUACGGGAAGGAACUUUCUGAAACAAAAGACGAGAAAAAGCCACAACGGCAACUACUUGACGCUGGUUUCAACAAGCCUCAGGAUGACUCACACAGGGCAGUUGUCAGUGAAGAUUUUCAUCCUGAACCAGAGCACCCUCACAUUAAAGAGGAAGAGGAGGAGGCUGAUGUCAGCAAGUUGCCAUUCACUUGUGUCAUUGUGAAGGUUGAAGGUGAUGAUGAUGAUGAUGAUGAUGAAGAGGAAGGUGAUGGAGACCAAUGUGCAGGAUCACAAGCAGACAGCCUCUUAGCUCCUGUAACAGACAGUGACAACAAAAUGUCUGACUCUGAUGAUGAACACUCAAAAGCUGAUAUGACAUGUCAAACUGAUGACAAACAGUGGGAAUGCUCUCUGUGUGACAAAUCCUUCUCUGCGAAAAAAAAUCUGAGAAGACACAUGAUGCUCCACACUGGCGAGAAACCUUUCAGCUGUUCGGAUUGUGGUAAAAGAUUUGCGAGUAAGGCACACUUGAAUAGACAUGCAAGAACACACACUGGAGAGAAACCUUUUUCCUGCUCAGUGUGUGGUCUUCGAGUAAGUCAAAAGAUUAAUUUAACAAAUCACAUGAAAACACACACCGAGGAGAAACCUUUUGCCUGCCCUUUUUGCGGGAAAGCGUUUCCUCGCAAAGCACAUUUGAACAGACACACAAGAAUACACACGGGAGAGAAAUCCUUUGGCUGCUCAGUCUGCACCUUAAGUUUCAGUGAACGUUCAAGUUUGGCUAAACACAUGAGAGAACACACUGGAGAAAAACCAUUUUCCUGCUCGGUUUGUAGUAAAUGUUUCUCUCAGAGACGCGCUUUGACAAGACACAUAAGAAUGCACACUGGUGAGAAACCAUUCACUUGCAGCGUGUGUGAUAAAAGAUUCCCUCAAAAGUAUCAGGUUAAGAAACACAAGUGUGUUGUUGACAAAUACAGCAGUAAACAACGAGUUGCGAACAAAGAAGACGCGGAAGGAAGGGACAUACUUUGCGCAGAAGACAUAAAGUGUGUUUCUGUGAAAAUGUGUAAAGUUGAAAUGCUGAGAGCGUUGCUGAGUCAGCGACUCAGUGCGGCCGUGGAAGAAAUAUUUGGAGUGUUUGAAAGAACGAUAGCAGAGUACGAGGAGGAACUUUCUCGGACAAAGGAGGAGAACGAGCGACAACGUCAACUACUGGAAACCGUUUUCAAGAAGACUCAAGAUGAAUUGCACAGAGAAGAUACAGGAACAGGAGAAGGCGUUGACGUGAUCAAGGAACUAGAGCCCCUACACAUUAAAGAAGAAGAGGAGGAGGCUGAUAUCACUAAGUCGGCAGUGAUUCAAAUCACUGUGAAGAGUGAAAAUAAUGAAGAUAAAGGGCAAAGUGAGCUGAACAAACAGGAUGAGAACCUGAGCAGCAGUUCAAGUCAAGUCAUGUCUACAAAAGGUGAUGGAGACCACGGCAAAGGAUCACAAGUAGAAAGCCUCCUUGCGCCACUUUCAGAUUGUGAUGACAUGAUGUCACACUCUCCUUACACUGAUGAUGAACAUUCCAAAGGUGAUCUGGUAUGUCACAAUGACAACAAACAUGUGAAAUGUUCCCAGUGUGACAAACUAUUUUAUGACAAGUCAAAUUUAAACAGACACAUGAGGGUCCACACAGGAGAGAAACCCUUCACAUGCAUGAUUUGUGGCAAAUGUUUUAACCUGAAGGACUCUCUUGUCCGACACACAAGGAUCCACACGGGAGAGAAACCAUUUAGCUGCUCAGUGUGCGGGAAAAGAUUUUCAAUUAAAGGAACUUUGAAUAUACAUGCACGAACGCACACCGGGGAGAAACCAUACCACUGCUCAGUAUGCAAUGCAAGUUUUAGUUGUCAUUCCGGACUUGGUCAACACAUGAGAAGACACACUCGCAGAAAAGCUUUUGUAACGUCACCACCUUCAACAUCUAUGAUGAAAGAGGCAGGGCCAUUUGUCAGAGCCAUCAACAAUGAAAUUAAAGCAAAGCCCAUCAGGAAAGAAUCACAGCGAAAGCUUCCCUGUCUGUCUCAGCUGGCUAGCUUGCAAACAAACUUAGUGAGGCGUUCGUUUCAACACAUUUCUAAACAGAGAUUAAGUGUGAGUGUAACGUGUUGUGAUCAUCGUGUGAAAAUGUGUAAAGUCGACAUGCUGAGAGUGUUGCUGAAUCAGCGCCUAAGUGCAGCUGUCGAAGAAGUGUUGGUUGUCUUUGAAAGAACUAUAGCAGGAUAUGAGGAGGAACUUUCUCGGACAAAAGAGGAGAACGAGCGACAACGUCAACUGCUAGACGCUGUUUUCAAGCCUCAGGAUGAACAACGUAGUGCAGGUGUCAGUGAAGAAGAGCCAGAACCCCCCAAAACGAGAGAGGAAGAGUCUGUUUCCAUUAAAGAGGAAGAAGAGGAGGCUGAUGUCACGGGGAUUCCAGUGAUUUGUGUUCCUGUGAAGACUGACGACGACGACGAUGAUGACAAAGAAAAAGAAGGCUGUGGAGACCACUGUAGUGGAUCCCAAGCAGACAACCGCUUAACUCCAGUGUCCGCUAGUGACAACACGACAUCACACUCUCCUGACUCUGAUGAUGAACACUCAAAAGGGGACAUGACAGGUCACACUGACAACAUGUGCUGGAAAUGUUCUCAUUGUGAAAAAACGUUUGUCUACAAGUCUCUUUUGACAAAACACAUGAUUAGCCACACCGGCGAGAAACCUUUCAGCUGUUUGUAUUGCGGGAAAGGAUUCUCUCGAAAGGGACAUUUAAUUAGACACACAAGGUCACACACAGGUGAGAAACCAUAUACCUGCUCUGUCUGUGGCACAGGUUUUACUGUUCGCUCGGCGUUGGAUAAUCACAUGAGGACACACACUGGAGAGAAGCCUUAUUCAUGCCUGGUGUGUGGCGAAAACUUCUCCCAAAAGGGAAAUUUAUUGAGACACACAAGAACACACAAUCAGAAUGACGUUUUUAGCUGCCCCGUCUGUUUAAAAUCCUUCUCCCAAAAGGGGUAUUUGAAGAUACACUCAAGAACGCAUACCGGAGAGAAGCCGUUUCCAUGCCUGGUCUGCGGCGCACGCUUCAGUGUUCGUUCAGUGAUGCUCAAGCACGUGACAAGAAGGCACAAGCAUGACAGAGUUCAGUGUUUGCUACGAUCUUUGCAACACGGUCGAGUUUAUCGUGUGAAAAUGUGUAAAGUCGAAAUGCUGAGAGCGUUGCUGAAUCAACGACUAAGUGCAGCUGUGGAGGAAAUAUUUGUCGUGUUUGAAAGGACGAUUGCAGAGUACGAGGAGGAACUUUCUCGGACAAAAGAGGAAAACGAGCGACAACGUAAACUCCUGGACGCUGUUCUCAAGAACCCUCAAGUUGUGUUAGACAAAUACGGCUUCAGUGAUAAAGAUGUUGCCCCUGCGCAACAGGAAUGGUCCUUCAGCGUGGAACAGAAAGAGCUAGAUCCCCACCGCGUUAAAGAGGAAAGGGAGGAAGUGUGGAACAGUCAGGAGGGAGUUGAGCGAGGAGAGCUGGAGCUGCCCGUGUGUCGCGUCAUCGUGAAGAGCGAGGGUGAUGAAGACGAAUCUCGCUCCUCACACCUUCAUCACAAUCAAAGUGAGAGCAGAGCAUCCCAAGCAGACAGCGUCUUCACGCCACUGUCAAAUAGUGAUGACCCAUCACACUCUCCUGAUACUGAUGAUGAUGAACACUCAAAAGGUGAUUUGACAGACAAGAGACAUGUGAGAUGUUCUGAUUGUGGAAAAACUUUAGUUGACAGUGACACACAAUGUCACGCUAGAGAAAAACCCUUUGUUUGCUUGGUUUGCGGUAAAGGAUUUUCUCGAAAUGAGCAUUUGAUCACGCAUACCAGAACACACACGGGAGAAAAACCAUUCAUCUGCUCAAUUUGUGGCGGAAGAUUCUCCCAGAAGGGCAGUUUGAAGAAACACAUAAGAACGCACACCGGAGAAAAACCAUUCAGCUGCUCAGUGUGCAGCAAAACAUUUAGUGAUAGCUCAGCAAUGAUGAGGCACUCAAGAAGACACACCGGAGAGAAACCUUUUACUUGCUCCAUGUGCAACACAAACUUUACUCAUCGCUCCACACUGGUGACCCACUUGAAAGUGCACACUGGAGAAAAACCCUUUCCCUGCUCAGUUUGUGCUAAAAGGUUCCCUGCAAAGACACAACUCACACGACACAUGAAAAUUCACACAGGCGAGAAAAUGUUCGCUUGUGGCGUCUGUCAUGAAAGAUUCUUAUAUAAUUACCAGCUUACUAAACACAAGUGUGCUGGUGAGAAGAGUAGUAGUAGGACCGAUGAAGCUGCAGGACUUUAAAUACUUUGGUUCUUUUUGUACAUACCACAAUGCCUUCACACACUUCAAAAUGACCCAAAAAUAAAAAAAGUUAAUUGUGAAAAAAAUCAAUUUUUUCUGUCAUGAAAACCUGUUCAGUAUUGAACCCCUAUAAAUAGAGUGAAAUGUUAAAUUAAUUAAAUUAUAUA